GGUGCGAUGACGUCGUGUUUCGGCGCCUGUGGAGGAGAGAGGGCGAUGGGGCUGCCUGAGGAGGAAGGAGCGGGACGGAGGCGGCGGGGACGGCGGCCCCGUUGCUGCUGAGCGAGUGGGAAGGCGGUACUCUGCGGUUGAGAAGAGAAAGGGAUAGAAGUUCUCAAGAUGAGCAGAAAGCCUCCAAAUCGCCCGGGGAUCACUUUUGAGAUUGGUGCUCGCUUGGAAGCACUGGAUUAUCUACAGAAAUGGUAUCCAUCACGUAUUGAAAAGAUAGACUAUGAAGAGGGGAGGAUGCUUGUCCAUUUUGAACGCUGGAGUCAUCGUUAUGAUGAAUGGAUUUACUGGGACAGCAAUCGAUUGCGCCCUCUUGAAAGGCCCUCUUUAAGGAAAGAGGGUUUGAAAGAUGAUGAUGAGUUUAUUGAUUUUAAACCUGGAGAAGAGGUUCUAGCCCGCUGGACAGACUGUCGAUACUAUCCUGCAAAGAUUGAAGCAAUUAACAAAGAAGGAACCUUCACUGUACAAUUCUAUGAUGGAGUGAUUCGUUGUCUUAAAAGAAUGCAUAUAAAAUCAAUGCCGGAAGAUGCCAAAGGGCAGGCGUGCGAGAGGCAACAGAUAGCACCGGAGCUGAGAUUAGUGACGGAUAACGAGCCUCAUGAAGACUGGAUAGCUUUGGUCAAAGCUGCAGCAGUGGCAGCUGCCAAAAACAAAGCAGGAGUUAAACCACGGACCAGUGCAAACAGCAAUAAAGACAAAGAGGAGAGAAAAUGGCUUAAAGUACCUUCAAGGAAGGAAGAAACAUCAACCUCAACAAUUGUCCAGGAAGUUCAGAAGAAGGAAGAGCAGUCUACAUCCAGUGAGACAUUUGGAUUCCCUCUAGUGGACGUCCCAAAGAUUGCCUUUGCACAGGCAGAGAAUGCAUUAGCACACAAGAGGAAAAAUAACCUAGGAAACUCAUUUCAGGCAAAGAGGGCUCGUCUUAACAAGAUCACUGGCUUGUUGGCAUCCAAAGCUGUAAGUGCAGAUGGUGCUGAAAAAAAGGAAGAUACCAAACAAGCAGCUCCAGUCUUGGAGCAGGAGAUAUCACCUAAGCCUCAAAGUCAGAAAAAAAAUGAAGCUGAUAUUAGCAGUUCUGCCAACAUUCAGAAAUCUGCACUGUUGUCCUCAACUUUGUCUUCAGGAAAGGCUCGCAGCAAGAAAUGCAAACAAGAAUCUGGAGAUUCUGCAGGGUGUAUAAAGCCCCUUAAAUCACCAAUUUCCCCAGAAUUAAUACGAGUGGAGGAUUUGACCCUGGUCUCCCAGCUUCCUUCUUCUGUGAUUAAUAAAACUAGUCCAUCACAACCAGUGAAUGCCCUUAAAUCCUUCAAAAAUAGCCAGCGGAGACGAAGAUCACAACGAUUUUUGACUGGUUCGUUGCCUCAUGAUUCUCUAGAAAAAGUUCCUUCUCCCUCUCCAGUCACUGAUGGAAAAGUGUUCUCCAUCAAUGUCCCAAAUCAGCCGCGAGCAUUACUGGAGGUUCCCAAUGUUGCUCAUAUGUCACUUGAGAAGCGUGGACUGGGUCUUCCUCUUGACUUAAGCCGUAACUUGGAUACUUCAGCAUUAUUAACCACCGAGACCGCUUUCCACAGUGACCUCUCCAGUAAAGAGAAGGAAGAUAAUCAGAUGGUUGUAUGUCAUUCUUAUAAGGCAGUAACUGAUGGCAAAAUAGUUCCAGUAGCAUCAGGAACAGUGAAAACAGAGAGAAAAAUAAAGUUGGAAGAGAGAUGCUCGUCGUUGCUUGGUAAAAGGAAGGAGAAAGAUAUAGAAAAAAAAGAGAAGAAAGAAAAAGAUCAUAAGUCAAAACAGAAAAAGAAGAAGAAGAAAAAGAAGAAAUCAAAGCAGCAUGAUUAUUCUGAUUUUGAGGAUAGUUCUCUUGAAUAUGUGGACAGGUGCUCCUCUCCUUUCACCAAGUCAUCUGGCAGCUCACUGACAUUACGAAGCACAACAGCGGAGAAGAAUACACCAUAUCAGUAUCCAAGGGCUAUUAUUUCUGUCGACCUUAGUGGUGAAAACCUCUCUGAUAUGGAGUUUUUGGAGGACUCCUCAACUGAGAGUUUGCUGCUGAGUGGUGAUGAGUAUAAUCAGGACUUUGAUUCAACUAAUUUUGAAGACUCCCAGGAUGAAGAUGAUACAAUAAAUGAAAUUGUCAGGUGUAUCUGUGAAAUGGAUGAAGAAAAUGGCUUCAUGAUUCAGUGUGAAGAGUGUCUGUGUUGGCAGCACAGUGUGUGUAUGGGGUUGCUUGAAGACAGCAUUCCAGAGCAGUACAUCUGCUACAUUUGCAGGGACCCACCUGGUCAGAGAUGGAGUGCCAAAUAUCACUAUGAUAAAGACUGGUUGAAUAAUGGCCAUAUGUGUGGCCUGUCAUUUUUGAAAGAGAAUUACUCUCAUUUAAAUGCCAAAAAGAUAGUGUCAACACACCACCUCUUGGCUGAUGUGUACGGUGUUACAGAAAUACUGCGUGGGUUACAGCUGAAGAUUGGGAUCCUAAAGAAUAAACAUCAUCCUGACCUUAAUCUGUGGGCUUGUGCAGGUGUGCGAAAAGAUCAAGACCAAAUAACUCUUGGAGUAGAAAGAAGGAUAUUGGCUGUGCCAGAUACCAUAAAUCCCCCUGAAAGGACGUGUCAUGGUCAAAACCAUAAAGAACCCCCUAUUUUACCCCCAAAGAUGGAAGAAACGUACAUUACAAGCGAGCACAGUUACCAGAAACCCCAGAGUUUUGGUCCGGACUGCAAAUCAGUAGUGGACCCUGUGAGCUCAGAUGAUGAUGACACCAGCAGUUUUGAAGAUGAUCAGGAGCUUCUCUUAGAUGAUAAAAACUGUUUACAAUAUUCAUCUAAAGGAGAUGGUUUCAGCCAUAAGAGGCAUUCUGCUGAAGGGAACACUGUGUUUGUGUUUAAUGAAAAAAGAGGAGCGGAAGAACAUGUGGACUCCCGUCUUCAAUGGCAGCUAAACCUCCUCACCCACAUAGAGAAUGUACAGAAUGAAGUCACGAGCAGGAUGGAUCUGAUUGAAAAAGAAGUAGAUGUUUUAGAAAGCUGGCUUGACUUCACUGGAGAAUUGGAACCACCAGAUCCCCUCGCACGAUUGCCUCAACUCAAGCGCCGGAUCAAACAGCUCAUCUCUGACAUGGGGAAGGUUCAGCAGAUAGCCACCCUUUGUUCAGUAUGACAAAAGGAAGGCUAGAGGGAAAAUACAAAUAGGCUCUCACCAUGAGUUUUUAUGAUCCACAAAACUGAUGAAAGGGUAUUUUUAAAAAGAAGAAGAAGAAGAAGCUUGAACACCUCUCUUGUUCUGUACUGAUUAUCUCAUUUUGCUGAAGAUCAAAAGAAGUGUAAGGAAGGGAAAUGUGAAAGAGGAAGAGUCAUACCAGUAUGAAUUGCAAGGUGGUGGAAUGAAUGCAUCAGUUUCUCCUCUCCAUACACAGUGGCAUAGAAAUCCCAGCAAAGGAAUUUUUACAUGUUUUCCCGGGCAAUAUCAGAGGUGAAAACCUUACAAUGAUUAAAUAGCAUUCGCAGAAGGAAUGAGUUUGCAGUGUUGUCUUAAGUGUUGAUAGAAGAAGGAGGAGAUUUGUAUCCGCUGGUAUCUUGGAGGGUGGAAAAAUUGAACAAUGUCCAUUCCCUCUUGUGCAACAAAUGUUACCCAAGACACUGAAAAAUACUAGCUUCCAUUUUGAAAACAGACUGUUUUCAGUGGCAGCCUUCUUUGCAGCGAUCUUAAUGCUUCUCUUUACAAAGUGAAGUGGAAGGGUAAUGGUAAGAAGUGCCAAAUGAUGCUUUCAAAACCCUCUAAAACAAAGUAUGAGUCAAUUGAAAGGUGUUUUUUCCUUAUUCCCCUGCCCUCUGCCUCAGCAGAGGCCUCCAUAUGUUACCAGCCAAGCACCCAGAACUGCAUAUAGUGUUUGUAUUACCUGAAUAACAGUAUUCAGGGCUAUAGCAUCAUUUUAAAUGAUUUUGUCCUGAAUAGCUCUGGUUAGCACUAGCAAUCUGAAAUACUCAUCAUCCUCAGCUGGACUGAGGAAUGACAGAACCAUCCAAAAUGCCAGCAACUGGCAGUCCAACAAGGAAGGCCACUUCCAGUGUUUGCCAUUUUUAGACAUUUUGUUAGGGGGAGGGGGAAGAAUUCACAACAUGAGGAGUGUUUUUGCAGGUGUCUUCCUGUGAGAUGUGUUGGAUGCCAAGAAACUUGGAACAGCUCAGUAGUAGUUGUAUAAUUGUCCAAACUAAUCUUCCCCAUACUGUUUAAAACACUGAGUGAUGGAGGAGGAUUAACUCCAGUGAGUGUGGGUGUGUGUAUGUAUUCUCAUGUGUGAAGAAGGAAAGGUAGCUGCCCUUCUAGGACAGGUGUAAUGAAAAUCUGGGAUCUUUUAAAGGCGUUCAGUUAUGAGUUGGCAAAGCAUUGUGAAACCAAAGUCAGCCUAGUUGCCAUUUUAAAAAAAACUUAUUUCCAGACCAUUCAUUUUACUUUUGUUGAUAAAUAUUUGCUACACCCAGUGCUACAACUUUCACGUGUGUGAGAAUGAAAAACACUCAUGCACAGUGCAUUCUAGAGGCAUAUUUAUAUUGACAAGUCUAGUUUUAUUACAAUAGACUAAGACCUUGGUGACAAAAGUAUUUAAAAUGUUACCUUUUAACAAACAAUUUCUUAAAAAGAGAGAGAGGGAGAGUGAAAAUAAUGUAUGUAUAGGUUUUGAAAUUUGUAAAAAAAGAUUUUUUUAAAAAGAAAAAUAUUAACUGUCCAACAGAGGCUGUUUCUGACGAUAACAUGAUACUUGAUCUCUAGGCCUUCUUGACUGUUUCAGUGCUGUGAUCUGUACAGAGCAUAAGAGAACUGUGUGAGGGGAAGCAAACUUGAAGCUGCCCUUAGAUAAGAAUACAAGCCACUGUACAUUACAAAUUGUAUUUAAAUUUGCAGAUACACUGUUCUAUAUGUAAGGUACUGUAUGUAAAGCUGUUUAUUAAACUAUUCUGCAUACUCUG